CAGGUUCUCCUCGGAUCCAUGGACAGGAUGUCUUUUAUGAGCUGUUACUUGAAGUAAAUCAAGACCGUGUAAUCGUUGAGGUAAGUCUGCUUGCUAGAACUGAACAAACAGCUCACUGGCUAGAACUGAACAAACAGCCCACUUGUUAGAACUGAAACAACUAACAGCCCACUUGCUAGAACUGAAACAAGAAACAGCCCAUUCGCUAGAACUGAAACAAGAAACAGCCCACUUGCUAGAACUGAAAAAAAAAAACAUGCUGUUUCGAUUCGCUUUUCUUUAUUUUUGCACAUUAUUCAUCGGGCUCACUAGGUCCGCACCUAAAAGAGACACAAGACUGAACUCUUGGUUGUCUGCCUCAGGAAUAAGAAAAUUCCGAAGCCCAGAGAUCCAAGAAGGCACUCAAGCCCCUGAAAUGAAGAGUGGGCUGUCUACUCGAUGGGGAAACAUGUGUAAGCAUGAAUACCAAUCCAACUACCCAGUGGCUUGCUACCUAUGCGAAAACUGCUCACAGGUUGCGUCUGAGAACAAUAUAUGCCUCGCCGGAGACUGUUCCAGCCAGCAGUGUGCUGACUUUGUCCUUAGGCCAGGAGAUUGCUGUGCCUCCUGCCCAAACGGUCCCAACUGCUGGGUGGAGAACAGACUGAUCCCAAUGGGUAAUGUGGUGAGCUUUCCUAACGGUACCACAUGUAACUGCAUCUAUGAAGGACGUCACCUUGUGAGGACGCAGUGCAGCUACCUGUUGAACGGGGAAGUCGUGGAGUACUUUCAUGGCCCUGAUUACGUGUCGUGGAUUGAUUAACUAUGCCUCAUGAACCCAGGAAGGUCAUUCAGGCCGCCAUAUUUUUUUGUAUAAUUGUAUACUAAUUUUAUACUUUCUAAUAUGUUUUUAUUAUAUACAAUGCCUAUUAUAAUCUUUUUACAUGGAUGGAAACGGGGAAAAGGUGGAAAUUGGAAAUAAAAUUUAAUAAUUUAUUCCUAUCAAUAAAAUCAGAAUACAUCAUUCUGCUACUUGGCCAAUAUCUAGAUCUAGCUCUAAAUUAUUAAAAUUAGAUUUAUUUCCAUGUUUCUUUAAGAUUAGUGAUUAGCUUUGCUUAUAUUGCUACACAAAUGUGAUCUAGAAUUCUAGAUCUAAUCUAGAGCUUCGCUCGUAACAGAAGAGGAAAGAAGACCAGAUCUAUCUUGGACUAUCUAAAUUAGCUUUAUAGAGGAAUAAUAACAUAAUAAUACCAUGUCGAUCUACAAUUCUUUUAAUUGUUAAAUUAUUAAAAGUUCAUUGAUUUCAUAA